CAACACGUGACUGGGUUCAAAGUUGAAAGUCAAACAGCAGUGCAGUUCGUCAGCAUGGCGGUCCUGGUGAGACACAGACCCCUGUUGCAAGCCUUCCGCGUGCAGGCAGCAGAUCGGGACAGCGCGUGCAGGCUGGCAGCAGCCUUCUCCUGCUCGAGACAGUAUGGUUUGUCCGGAAGAGUCUCGUCUUCUACUCGCCUAAACGGUCAGGGAGCAGCGACACGACACUACAGCUCCGACUCGAAGGACGACCUGCGCGUCAGAUACCUAGACGGAGAAGACGACGGUAUUGUUGUUGUUGGGAUAAAUCGACCAAAAGCCAAAAAUGCUAUAAGCAAAAAUCUGGUCAAAAUGAUGUUCGAGGCUGUGGAGGAUAUCAAGAAGAAUAACAAAGUGCGCAGUGUCAUUUUAUGCAGUUUGGUCCCUGGGAUUUUCUGUGCAGGUGCAGACCUGAAGGAGAGGGCCAAGAUGCAACAGAGUGAAGUUGGAUCAUUUGUGUCCAAAGCAAGAGCGCUCAUUACAGAGCUGGGUAAUCUGCCGACACCAACAAUUGCUGCAAUUGAUGGAGCUGCCUUAGGAGGAGGCUUGGAAAUGGCCCUUGCUUGUGACAUCAGAAUUGCCUCUAAUACUGCAAACAUGGGACUUGUUGAGACUAAACUUGCGAUUAUUCCUGGAGCAGGUGGUACACAGCGUCUCCCCAGGGUGAUUGGUGUCUCUCUUGCUAAGGAGCUCAUCUUUGCUUCCCGUGUGGUGGAUGGAACAGAGGCAUGUCGUCUGGGUCUCGUCAGUCAUUCUGUGGAGCAGAAUAAGAGUGGAGAUGCUGCCUACCUGAGGGCUCUGGAGCUCGCCCGCGAGAUCAACCCUCAGGGCCCAAUUGCAAUAAGGAUGGCAAAACUCGCGAUCAACCAGGGGAUAGAGGUGGAUUUAUCUACAGGUCUGGCCAUUGAAGAGGCAUGCUAUGCCCAGGUGAUACCAACUAAAGAUCGACUGGAGGGUUUGGCUGCAUUCAAGGAGAAGAGGCGUCCUCACUACAAGGGGGAGUGAGGCAACACUCAUUGCAGAAACAAUGAGAGUUCUCCCUCUGUUCCACGGCUUCCAAUAUAUUUAUGGGGGAAACUGUACACUUCAACACAUUAACCUGUACAGUAUCCAGUCUGUUUGACCGCAGGACACUAGGCUUGAUCCUGGCUGCUGAUUUUGCCAGUGACUUAAAUGUUAUAGUGUAAAGCCCUUGCUGGGUGUGUCAACUAUCACUUAAGCAUUUGGAGAAAACAAAUGAAUUAACCAAGCAUUGGCCACUGCUUACAAUAUUUAAAACCUUUGCAAUCUAAAACAUGAGUUACUUCAAAUGGUUAUCAUGAGUUGCAGUAUGAUUGGUAGUUAGUCACUAACAGUAACCUCCUUGACUAGCGGCCCAAUCUAAGAGAUACUGAAAAUUCCAUAAAUUUCUGUGAAUGCUUCACAAUAGUGAUGCAUCAGAAAGUUUACUGCUUUUUUACUUUGGUACAAAUGUACUACUGUGUUCAUAACACUGAAUAACACCAGAGGUGUCUGCAUAAAAUCAUUAAACAGACUGGUUUUUCCCUUACUUAAACAGUGUCCAGAUGGUGGAGUUUUGGAUUUGACACUUACUGUCAGAUGUGUAGGAUUUGACGAUUUCUGACUUUGGCACCACCCUGUGGUAGUAUCAAAAAAGACACCAUGAUUCACAAUGAAUUGGCUGAAAACAACACACAACCUCAAAUUUCAACAGAAUCAUCCAAUUUUUCUAUAAAUCCAAGCUUAGGCCAUUAACAUGCUAUAAGUGACAUCAAAACUUUCUGCACAUACUGGUUUCAAGGACACUUUAGCGGUUAACCCCAAAGGUUCUUUCUUAUGCAUUUUACCCAUUUUCUGAAAGCUCUUGUGUGUGUACACUGGUAGCUUUAGCCCAUCAUUACAAAGCUUCUCCUCUUCUACAGGGAGUACAGUUUGAACAUCUGGGUUUAUGUGACAUUUUUGAUGACAGGGGGCUUGCAUGACUUUGGUACCCCAUGGUAGUAGUAUUGGAAAAAGACACUGCAAAUAAAGACUUUUAACAGAA